CUAUUUCAUCAUCAUCUCUACUUUUUUGUAGUUAUAUCAAUGCAGUCAGUGUGGAAGGCUAUCACAAGCUUGUUGCUGUGCCAAAGAGCUUCAACCCAAGAAUGGCAAUCAUAACUGGCCAUCACCCAUUAGCUUUUGCUUUUGGCCUUCUAGGUAAUAUUGUGUCAUUCAUGGUGUAUCUGGCCCCAUUGCCAACCUUUUAUCGUGUUUAUAAGAAGAAAUCAACAGAAGCCUUUCAAUCAAUACCUUAUGUGGUAGCACACUUUAGUGCAAUGUUAUGGUUGUAUUAUGCCUUCCUCAAGCCUAAUGAGUACAUGCUCAUCACCAUCAACAGCAUAGGAUGCACAACAGAAGCCAUUUACAUAGUAAUAUACCUGAUAUAUGCAACCAAAGAGGCUAAGAUCUUCACUGUAAAGUUGCUCCUAUUGUUCAACGUCGGAAUGUUUGGAUCGAUCUUAACUUUCACGAUUAUAUUUGCUCAUGGAUCACUAAGGAUUGCCAUUGUCGGGUGGAUCUGUGCUGGAUUCAGUGUCAGCGUUUUCGCUGCUCCUCUUAGUGUCAUGAGGCUAGUCAUAAGAACAAAGAGCGUCGAGUUCAUGCCAUUCUCAUUGUCUUUCUUCCUCACUCUAUGUGCAGUCAUGUGGUUCUUCUAUGGCCUAUUGGUGAAAGAUUUCUACAUAGCAUUACCAAACGUAUUGGGAUUCACAUUUGGAAUUGUUCAAAUGAUCCUUUACAUGAUCUACAAGGAUACGAAGAAAGGCCUUGUAUUGGAGCUGAAGUUGCAAGAAUUGGAUCCCAACACUUACCCAAGUGAGGAUCAAGGUAAACCAAUAGAGAUUGACACAGAACAGGGCAUUCAAGAAAAAUCCACUGAGAGAGAGUCUAUGAACAAGAGAUGA